AUGGCCGAGCGGGUUUCCUUGAGGGGGCAGCAGUACGUGGUCAUUCGCAUCUCUGGCGCCGGUGUCACCGAGGACCUCUGCCGCAUGGUGGUGGCCGCGUCGGUGAGCGCGCUGCUCUACGGGGCGCCAGACGGGCGCCUCCUUCCGGGCACGAGGGGGCUCCGCAUGCGCUGGCGCCGAGGCACCUCCUCUUCCUCGAGGGCCACCGCUUCCCCGGCUACGAGCAGAGGCACGGGCCCCUGGUCUGCGAGGCGUGCCGGCCGUGGAGCAGCGCCGCCGGCGCCGCGGCGCCCGCCCUGGGGGGGGCUGCCGCGCGGGGCGGCGGCAUCUCAGGGACCUGCCGAGACGACGGCGGGUCUGUGA